AUGAAGAGAGAGGGUAAACAACAUGGUAUGGUGAGGACAUAUCCGAUCCUACCAAACCCAAUACCCGGUACCCGAUUCAUCAAUCGGUUCGAUUCACCUCCAACAGCUGGACUCUUCACAAAGGUACCUUCCAAGCCCACCAACCAUUCCAAAUUUACGGGUAAAUGUUGCGCGUCAAAGUGCACCGGUUGCCGCAUUCAUCCGGUCUCCAAGUCAAAAAACAAAUCCAAAGGUAAUUCCAAGCAUAUCCAGUUCAUGGAUCAAUCCGAUUCGAAGCUAGACGGGUUGUCCGCGACCGGGACCUUGAACCAUAUUAGUAAUUGCUAUAUGGAUGAUGCGGAGGUGGAAGAUGAAAAGGUUGACCAUAUUGAUAAAGAAGUGAAGAUUCCAUUGCCUGUUGAACAAAUUAAAGAAGAAAAAUAUGAAGAUGAAGAUUGGCGUUUGGUGUAA